AGUAAACACCGAGGGAGGGACGAGACGCGACACACGUGUCGGCAGAUGCUACGGAGGCCUCUUUUAAACCUUUCUCAGAGCUGACUGCUAAGGCCUAUUUUAAGCCUUUCUCAUACCUGACUGCUGGGUUUACGAACGGGAGCCGUAAAUGUCAUUGACGCCGAGGACAUUUCUGAAGGACAGAUGGUCGUGGUAGAUCACUCGAAGAUGGAUGAUAAUAUCAAUGCAAUUGUGGCUUCGGAUUUGCCUAGAGGAGUUGCAUUACUGGCUGAUUUGACAACAAAUAUCAAUAAUGUUACUGUUGGACUCCUUGCAUUGAAAGAAAAGAUUGAAAAUGAUGAAUUAAACUCUUCUAAGGGCCUAAGUCUGCUGGAGCUGAAGAAUCAGUCCUUUUUGAUGUAUUUGUCCAAUCUCGCGUAUGUGACUCUCCGUAAACUACGCGGGGCAAAGUUAGAGAAUGAUCCAUCUAUCGACCGUUUGGUUGAAUUAAGAGUGGUUUUAGAAAGAAUACGUCCUCUUGAAGACAAACUAAAAUACCAAAUUGAUAAAUUUUUGAAGAUAGCAACAGAAGGUGUACUCAGCGAGGAUGACCCGACCAGAUUAAAAGGAAACCUCGACAAUAUUGGUUCUUCUUCAGAUGAGGAGGAAGAUGAAGACAAGACAAGUAGUGGAAAGAGUGCAACUAAGGAAGAAGACAAAACGUAUAGAAUUCCCAAAAUCAGUCAGACUCCUUAUG